AUGCGUCCAUCAGAAUUCCUAUUUCCUACUCUCUUCUUACCUUUGAUUUCAGCUCGACCUUCCACCCGACCGAUUUCAAUUCCCACUACCCAGCAAAAGGCAAUCGAUGACAUACCAAUUGGAAAAACUGCACUGUCCAAUAAUGAUAUGUUGGAGAUUGGUAGGAUGGCUAUAGCGAUCAAUUCUGCUUAUUGUCCCAAAGGCAACAAGCUACAGCCUCACCCGCCUAACUCAUUCAUCAAGCAGAUACGCCAUUCUAAACGACAUCACGAUUCGUCCCAACGUCCACACAUGGAAGAAAGUAGUAUUAUAGUGUCGAGUGAAGACCUAGAAUAUGUCGAUGACCUAUACAUCGCAGGAAAUACGAAAUGGUACAUAUCACAUACCCCUUCGACCCAGACCUUAACCCUAGCUCUGUCAUCCUUAUCAUCAACCGACGACUUUCUAGAACUGUUAGCCUCAUCCCCUCAGAACAACCAAUCACUCGUACCCCUCCAGAACCUACUCUUUCCCUUUGACCGUCUCUCGACCUUCCCUGUAGAUGAACAACCAAUGAUCUUCCAUCCAUAUGUCGAUUCAAUCGUAUCGCACGGUAAUUCAGCUUUAUCAUCUCUCUUGGACCUAAUUGAAAAUCCACCUUUGACCGUAUCGUCCUUUCAUACAGAUGUGAUCAAGGAGUAUGUCACCUCCCUGGCAGAACCAGUACCAGCAGUCACGCAUGCUCCAAUUAAGAAAGUGGAAAUUAUCGGUCACGGAUUAGGCAGCGUAGUAGGUCUCAUGGUAUCACUCGCUCUGAAAUUAGAAUUGGAAUUAGCAUUUGAGCAAUUGUCCAAUGAGAUUGAUAUCAAAGCGAAUUUACUAGGAUUACCAAGGAUAGGUAAUUCUCACUUCUCCAAAUUAAUCGAUAAUCACCUCACUCGAAAUCAACCUUCCCUGCAAGUGAAUAGGAUCAUAUCAUACCACGACACCAUCACGCACCUUCCGGGACGUCAUCUCGGCUUGACGCAUCUUGCCAAAAACGAAUUAUGGAUAGGACCCGAUCCACGUGCAGCGUAUUUAUGUGCGGUUGACAGCAAAGAUUGUUCAGAUGGAGUGAAGUUGAGUGAAACUUCUUUGUUGGAUCAUUUGGGUCCGUAUGGCGGUGUAUUGAUCGAUACUCAUUGUAAGAUGGAAUAG